CACUCUGCCCGGUCUGCCCGAUCUACCCGCCUGCCCGAGACUCUGCAGCUUUGCUCUCGCUACCAAGUACACCUUUCCCUUUUGCCGUCUGGCUCUUUCUCUACGACUUUCUCUCUCUGAAGUAGAUCGAAAGCCGGCUCGAAAUCGGGACUUCUUGUUGGAUCUGACCUUCAAUUAGAUCGGGACUUGUUGUCUGGGAUCCUAGAAUCAUCGCAAUUCGAUUUGGAUUUCGGAGUUUCUGUGCGCUCGGAUUCGUUUGGGGGGCAAAAUUAGGGUUUCAUUUCGGGGGAAGCAGUGAAUCCGGGGCUUCGUUGAGGGCGGAUGGGCGGAGAGGUGUGGAAAAGGAGGGGUUUUGGCGGGAAUUGAGGGGCGAGAUUGAUGGUCUUUGUUGGAAUUGAAGGAGGGAUCGCGGUAGGGAUUGGGGAAAAUGCAAGGCUAUGCAUGGGAGGGGAAGUGAGGAGAGGAAACGGAGUUGGCACAUGUUGAAAGUCCCCACGCGUGUAUGCGUGGCCAAUGGUUCUUCUUCAUCACCCUCGUCUUUACCCAAUUCGUUUUUCAAGGACGGGCGUAAGAUCAGUGUUGGCGAUUGUGCUCUUUUCAAACCACCCCAGGAUUCUCCACCCUUCAUUGGAAUAAUUCGUUGUGUGACUACAGGCAGAGAGAAGAAGUUAAAAUUAGGUGUUAAUUGGCUUUAUCGACCUUCUGAAAUAAAGCUUGGCAAAGGCAUCUUGUUGGAUGCUGCGCUGAAUGAAAUUUUUUAUUCCUUUCAUAAGGAUGAGAUACCUGCCGCAUCGUUACUUCAUCCGUGUAAAGUCGCGUUCCUUCCUAAAGGUGUUGAUCUUCCGUCAGGGAUUUCAUCUUUUGUGUGCCGGCGUGUUUAUGACAUCACAAAUAAUUGUUUAUGGUGGCUAACUGAUCAGGACUUUAUUAAUGAGCGACAAGAGGAAGUAGAUCAAUUGUUGUAUAAAACUCAAGUAGAAAUGCAUGCAACUGUGCAGUCUGGUGGCCGAUCCCCAAAACCAUUGAAUGGUCCAACAUCAGCAUCACAGUUAAAAGUUGUGUCAGAUGGUGUCCAGAAUAGUGGCUCAUCUUUUUCCUCUUUAGUUAAGGGGAAGAAAAGGGAGCGGGGAGAUCAAGGAUCUGAGCCUGUCAAACGAGAACGCACUAUGAAAACAGAUUAUGGGGAUUCUGGCAGCUUUAGACAGGAAACCACUUUAAAAUCUGAAAUUGCCAAAAUAACAGAAAAAGGAGGCCUUUUAGAUUCUGAAGGGGUUGAGAAAUUGCUGCAGCUCAUGAUACCUGAUGAAAAUGAGAAAAAAAUAGACUUGGCUGGCCGGUUAAUGCUUGCUAAUGUCAUAGCAGCCACAGAUAAAUUUGAUUGCCUUAGUCAAUUUGUACUCAAGGGUGUGCCAGUAUUCGAUGAAUGGAUCCAAGAGGUUGGACAUAAAGGGAAGAUAGGUGAUGGGAAUGGACCCAAAGAUAGCGAUAAAUCUAUUGAGGAGUUUCUCUUGGUUUUACUUCGGGCACUGGAUAAGCUGCCUGUUAAUCUUGAAGCUCUGCAAAUGUGUAACAUUGGAAAGUCUGUAAAUCACUUACGGACGCAUAAGAACUUGGAAAUCCAGAAGAAAGUAAGAAGCUUAGUUGAUAAAUGGAAGAAACGAGUUGAAGCUGAAAUGGAUGCAAAGUCUAAUUCAAAUGCGGCUGUCUCCUGGUCUGCAAGACCACGCUUCCCAGAAGUUUCUCAUGGUGGAAACAGGCAUUCUGGUGGAUCUGUUGAUGUUGCCGUGAAGAGCUCAGUCACACAGCUCUCCAUAUCCAAAUCUGCUUCAGUUAAGCUUGUCCAUGGAGAUGGUAUUACCAAAUCUGCUUCAGUAUCACCGGGAUCUUUGAAAUCAGUUCCCUCACCAGUGUCAGCAAGUUCUAACUUAAAAGAUGGACUGCCUCGAGUUGUUGCUGUUGGCGUCACAGUUGAUCUUCCUUCGACAACUCCAAGGGAUGAGAAAAGUAGCAGUUCUAGUCAAUCUCACAACAACAGUCAGUCGUGUUCGAAUGAUCAUGCAAGAACUGGAGGUAUUUCUGGGAAAGAGGAUGCGAGGAGCUCUACUGCUGGUUCAAUGAAUGUUAAGGUAUCAGGUGGCUCUUCCCGACCUCGGAAAUCAACAAAUGGCUUCCCAGGCUCUGCUCUUUCUGUAGUUCAAAGGGAAACUUUGUCAAGCAGAAGUUCAUCUUUGCACAAGAAUCCAGUUCCAGAAAAAUCAUCACAGCCUGGAUUGACGAGUGAAAAGGUACUAGAUGGACCUUCUGCUGAGGGAAAUGGACCCAAGUUGAUUGUUAAGAUUCCAAAUUGUGGUCGCAGUCCUGCACAAAGUGGCAGUGGAGGUUCGUCUGAAGAUCCUUUAAAUACUAUUAGCAGAGCUGCUUCUCCCAUGCAAAAGGUUGAAGCUUAUCGAGCCACUGUUACCUCAGAUGUGAACAACGAAUCAUGGCAAAGUAAUGAUUUCAAGGAUGUACUGACUGGAUCGGAUGAGGGUGAUGGAUCCCCGGCUGCUGUUACUGAUGAAGAGCAUGAUAGGCCCGGUGACGACUCUAAGAAGAUUGCCGAAGUCCCAAAAGCUGCUUCCUCGUCAUCUGGGAACGAAAAGUCGGGGAAUUUGCAGGAUGCUUCUUUCAGCUCUAUACAUGCAUUAAUUGAAAGCUGUGCGAAGUAUUCUGAAGGUAAUGCCUCUUUGUCAGCUGGAGAUGAGCUUGGUAUGAAUCUGCUUGCUAGUGUUGCUGGAGAGAUGUCUAAAUCUGAAUCCCCAACUGAUUCUCCUCAAAGGUCUACCCCGGUUUCUGAGUAUCUCUGCAAAGGCACUGAUCCCAGAGUCAAAUCACCUCCAGUUGAUGAGCUUGCUCGAGAUGAAAAUCAGUCUAAUGAUGUCGCUGAUGAUGAAUGUGAGAACCACGGUGUUGCAUUCACUACUUCUGGGGCUAAGAAUGGGGUUGUCCAAUCUUUUUCUUCCCUGCCUGAACAGUCUUCUGUAGCAGAGGACACUGGAAAUCUAUGCUCUUCAAAUAGAAGUUUUCAUCAUUCUGCAGAACCCACCCCAGAAAGCAAAGAAAAAUCUAUGGAAGUUACUCUAGCUCCUUUUACUGCUUCCCCUCCUAGUACAGUUGAGAAAGCUAUGGACGGUGAAGGAGUACCUCUUCAAGACAAAAAGGUGGUUGGUGGAGUGAGUGCUGAUGUCAUUUCAGAAAAUAAGGUCAGUGAUGUUAGUUCGAGGGUAGUAGUGGGGAAUGAAGCCAUUGAAGAACAUUCCUUGCACCCAGAGUUUGAUGUUGAUGGUAUGAUAAAAACUUCAAGUUAUGAAGGGAGUGUACAUACGGAGGAGAAACCAUCUAGUUUAAAGAAGCAUUCUGAGUUGGUGAAUGGAACCUGUGAAGAAGCGCUACUUUCUUCUAGUUUUCGUAAAGGUUUGAUCUCAGAAAAAGUCAGUGAACUGAAGGCUGAAACAACUGAUGAAAAGGAUGGCCCGAGUUAUUGUAAUCAGGCUGAAAAUCCCAGAAUUGAUUCAGAAAGUAAUGGUCCUGGCACUUUGAAAACAGAAAAUAAUGAUCUUACAACUCCUGGGAGUCAAGCUCUAGGUGGCUCUAGUUCCGCUGUUACUGAUAAUACCGGUGAAGAUGUAGAGGAGAAUAUGAAAACUAAAGAAACUAAUGAUCAAGUUGUUGAACCUGGUAUUAGGAAGGUGUCGCCUGAUAUUCCCAUGCAGGAAGUAGAAGAAUAUUUGAGGCCGAAGAGUUCUAAAUUAACCAACAUGGAAGCAGAAGAAGCUGAGGAAUGUACAUCUACAACUGCAGAUGCUUCUUCUGUGUCUGCUGCAGGGGCAGCAGUUGUGGAUGCAAAAGUGGAGUUUGAUUUGAACGAAGGCUUUAAUGCCGAUGAUGGGAAAUAUGCAGAGCCAAAUAAUUUGACAGUACCUGGAUGUUCAACUGCUCUUCGGUUGAUUAGCCCGGUACCUUUUGCUGUUUCUUCUGUGUCUAGUGGCCUUCCUGCUUCAGUUUCAGUUCCUGCUGCAGCAAAAGGGCCGUGUGUUCCACCAGAUGACCUGUUGAAGAGUAAAGGGGCGGAGGUUGGUUGGAGGGGAUCAGCAGCUACAAGCGCGUUCCGGCCAGCUGAACCCAGAAAAGUUCAAGAAUUUCCACUGGGUACAAGUAUUUCAGUUCCCGAGCCUACACCGAGCAAGAAAGGACGCCCAGCUUUAGACAUUGACUUGAACAUACCCGAUGAAAGAAUUCUGGAGGAUAUGGCUUCUCAAAGUUCUGCUCAAGAGACAUCUUCUAUUGCUGACACAAUAAACAAUAAAGCUUUUGCGGGUGACCAGUCGAUGAGUAUUGCACCCGUUCACAGUUCUGGAGGUCUUGAUCUUGACUUGAAUCAAGUUGAUGAGGCUUCUGAAAUGGGCAAUUAUCCAUUGAGCAAUAGCCAUCGAAUGGAUAACCAAAUCCUAUCAAUAAAAUCAGGUGGACCUGUCAAUGGAGAAGUUAGUCUUUGUAGGGAUUUUGAUUUGAAUAACGGACCUGUUGUUGAUGAGUUGUGUGCUGAACCGGCAGUGUUUAGUCAGCAUGCCAUGAGCAGUGUACCAUCUCAACCACCUGUAUCUGGUUUUAGGAUGAACAAUACAGAAGUAGGGAAUUUCUCAUCAUGGUUUCCUCCUAGCAAUACGUAUUCUGCAGUCGCAAUUCCUUCAAUUAUUUCAGAUUGUGGAGAGCAGCCAUUCCCAGUUGUUGCAACUGGGGGACCACAGACGAUGUUGGGCCCCCCUAGUGGUAGCAACCCAUUUAACCCUGAUCUGUACAGGGUGGGGUCGGUUUUGUCACCUUCCCCAGCAGUGCCCUAUCCUUCUACUUCAUUUCCAUAUCCAGUUUUUCCUUUUGGAAGCAAUUUUCCUCUGCCCUCAGCCGCUUUUCCAGGCGGGUCAGCAACAUAUCUUGAUUCAUCAUCUGCCGGGAGGCUUUUUCCUGGGGUUCGUUCCCAGCUGUUAGGACCUGCUGGUGUGGUUUCAUCCAAUUACCCAAGGCCUUAUGUUGUUAAUCUUCCUGAUGGUAGCAAUAACAGUAGCGGUGAAAGCAGUAGGAAGUGGGGAAGACAAGGGCUUGAUCUCAAUGCAGGGCCUGGAGGUCCAGACUUAGAUGGGAGAGAUGUGACAUCACCUCUUGUCCCGCGGCAACUAUCUGUUGCCAGUUCACAAGCCAUGGCUGAGGACCAAGCAAGGAUGUUCCAGAUGCAAGGUGGCACCUUUAAAAGGAAGGAACCCGAGGGAGGGUGGGACGCCUACAGACAGUCCUUGUGGAAAUAGGCAUGUCUAAUUGCAGAAUUGGGCGACUCGUGAAAGCUUUGCUUUGAGGAUGGGCAUUUGCUAACCCCCACGAGGUCAUCAUCUAAGCUUGUGUGCUUCCGGAGGAUGGGCGGUAAGUGAGUUAUUUGAUGUUGUUCAUGGUCUCCGACCCCCUCCUCUUUGAUGUAUCAGUUGUAAUCUUAAAAGAUAUAUGGGUUCUUCAAGCUGUUUGUUCCUUGAAUUUGUUAGGCGGACGCGAUCUUUGUUUCCGCUUUGUAGAUAUUCUAACAGUUAGAAAACAUACUGUGGUUCCCAUACACAAUCUUUGGUGCCCCUAUCGGUCUUCAAUGCAUUAGGUAUAAACCCAAACCCAUCCUCUCCGUUGCCAAACCUCUCCAUUUGUCGAUUUUUGACCGCUCAAAACAGAAGCUUCUGUGUUUAUUUCUCUUUGAUCACAUAUGCAAGCAGAUCAACAAAUUUUGGAACCUU